AUGGCUACAGAAAAUGCUCAGCCUACUACAGAUUCAGCGAUAAGAUUUGAAAAAACUACAGAUUUAACCACCUUAUUUGCAGGAGCACGAGACGUGCCUCCCCAGAGUUAUGGGCGAGUGCAACAACUACGUGAUGACGGUAAUCAUAAAUCUACACAUAUGCAAAAACAACAAGGCUACGGGCAGAGACAGCGACUGCAAGAAGAAGAUAAUUCUGACCCGGGGUACCCACAGCAACCUAGAACUUUCACGAAUCAAAACCGACCCUAUCUUAGAGGUAAUCGAGGCAGAAGUAACGGUCGCGGAAGAGGUAGAGGCCGAGGACGAGGUUACUAUAACAAUAAUAGUUAUAACCCACCCGCGGCACCUAUCUUGUAUAAUUACGUGCCUCAGCAGUAUCAGUUACCUAUACGGCAGCAACCACAACAACAACAAAAUAAUGGCCCUUUGAAUAAAGGCAAUCCGACUGCUUUAUACAGAAAUAAUAUAUCUAUGUCAUUUCAGGAUCGGCAAAAUAAUAAUCCGGUCACAAGUAAUAAUAGCAAUACGUUAAAAAACUCGUUUCAGAAUCAACAUUAUCGCAAUGACAGUAAUCAGUAUCAAGCAUAUUUAAAUAAAAUCGGCAACCAAUCGCAUCGUAAUAAACUCAGUAACACUGAUCGGAAUACUCCUAAUAAUCCGGAUUAUAGAUAUCCAAAUAAUCCGAAUCAGGCGAUUAGUAAAGAGGCGGUACGGUCAAUUCAAGACGAUUAUGAUGAAGAUCUAAUAUUUCAAGAUCAACAGUAUACAUAG